AUGGGAAAGAAAGACAAAAAGUCCAAGGAGGACAAAAAGGCCCGUGCCGCAGAGAAGCAGAAGAAGAAUAACCAGAAGGCCGAGCUGAAGCAGAAAAAGCAGGCCAAGAAGUCUGGAGAAGACGAGGAAGAGGACCAGGACAUCGAUGCAAUCUUGGAGCAGUAUGCCAAAGAACAAGAAGAGCUUCUUGCUGUGAAGGUGGAUGUCGUGGAUAGGCCGUCGAAACGACUCAACCCGGCAAUGGUGGCCAGUCCUCUUCAAGGAAAAAGAGAAUUGCUAUUGUUUGGAGGUGAAGCCAACGAAAACGGUAUGGCCAGGUUCUACAACGACUUGCACACCUACACCAUCGACAACAACACAUGGAGAAGGUACACCUCAAAGAACGCUCCUUUGCCUCGUUCUUCGCAUGCUAUGUGUGCCCAUCCUUCGGGAAUUGUGGUGAUGUUUGGCGGUGAAUUUUCGUCACCCAAGCAGUCCACCUUCUACCACUACGGCGAUACCUGGGUUUUGGAUGCUGAGACCAAGGAGUGGGAGAAGAUUGACCAGAAGAAGGGUCCUUCGGCGAGAUCCGGCCACAGAAUGUGUGUGUGGAAACACUACAUUAUUUUGCAUGGAGGUUUCAGAGACUUGGGUGUGCUGACUACCUAUCUCCACGAUAUGUGGCUCUUUGAUAUUACCACACACAAAUGGACUCAAGCUGAGUUCCCUCCCGCCCAUCCUGUUCCAGAUGCCCGCUCUGGUCAUUCCAUGGUGCCCCAUCCUGAAGGUGCUGUGAUUUACGGUGGAUACUGUAAGGUCAAGGGUAAGAAAGGUCUGCAAAAGGGUAAGGUGCUCACGGAUACGUGGUUGGUGAAGAUGAAGGCCGAUCCUAAGGGUAUCCGCUUUGAAAGGAGAAGAAAGCAGGGUUUCAGUCCGUCGCCCAGAGUCGGCUGCUCCAUGGUGUUCCACAAAAACCGUGGUAUCAUGUUUGGCGGUGUCUAUGAUUACGAUGAAAGUGACGAGAAGAUUGAGUCUCAGUUUUACAACACCCUUCAGUCUUACCAGGUGGAGGUCAACAGGUGGUACAACUUGACGUUGAAGCCUCGUAAGAAGAAGAAGCAGGAGCCUGUCAAGGAGAAGAACAACAGAGACGAGGACUUGGAGGAUAUCUUGAACUCGAUUUUGGCCAAGGCAAACUUGAACGAUGACGACGAAGAAACGGAGGAGGUUUCUCAGAUUGAGCGUUUGAAGCAGCAGGAGGAACGAGAGGAGAUGGAGAGCGACAAGGUGGAAUUCCCUGUUGUGAACCAGCUUCCACAUCCCCGUUUCAAUGCCACAGCCUGUGUUGCUGACGACUCCUUGUACAUCUUUGGCGGUAUUUUCGAGAGAGGCGAACAGGAAUUCAACCUCGACUCGAUGUACUCCAUUGACUUGAACAAGCUUGAUGGAGUGAAGGUGUUCUGGGAGGACCACAGCGAGCUUGACAAGACUUAUGUGAGCUCUGACGACGAGGGGGACGAUGAUGAUGAAGAGGAUGACGAAGAGGAGGAGCCUGAGGAAGCUGAAGAGGAAGAGGAAGAAGAAAUCGAGGAGGAGGAAGAAGAAGAAGAAAACGAGGACGAGAUUCCUGACCCUCGUCCAUGGCUCCCACAUCCAAAGCCUUUCGAAAACCUCCGAGCCUUUUACAUCCGUACUGGCGCUCAAUUCCUCGAGUGGUCCAUUUCCAGUAACAGAGACGCCAGAGGUAAGUACCUCAAGAAGGCUGCAUUUGAUCUCUGUGAGGAUCGUUUCUGGGAGAGAAGAGAGCAGGUGAGAAUGGCCGAGGACCAGCUCGAAGAGCUUGGUGGUGUUGGCGAGGUGAUAGAGAAGGAUACACUGAAGAGCGGUAAAAGACGAUAG